AUGGCCACUCAGGAGGAGGCCACUGGAGCGAACAGUUCCCAGCGUGAUAAUGCUUUGCUGCUGGACUUGUCUGCUCUUCUAGGCAUCGAUGCUUUUCAAUAUGCAGAGGAAAUGGAAAAAGAGGAGCAGAAAGAACGAGAGAAAAUGCAGAAAGGCUUUAACUCAGAAAUGCGCAGUGAAGCAAAAAGAUUAAAGACUUUUGUGACCUAUGGCCCCUACAAGUCAUGGACGCCACAGGAGACGGCCGCGGCUGGGUUCUAUUUCACUGGCGUCAAGCCCAGGCUGCAGUGCUUCUGCUGCAGCCUCGUCUUGUUCCAAAGCAGCCUUCAGAGACUCCCCAUAGAAGAACACAAGAAAUUUCAGCCAGAUUGUGAGUUCCUUUUGGGCAAAGAUGUUGGUAACAUUGCCAAGUACGACAUAAGAGUUAAGAAUCCGGAGAACAAGCUGAGAGGAGACAAAGCAAAGUACCAGGAAGAGAGGGCCAGGCUGGAGUCCUUCGAAGACUGGCCAUUUUAUGCCCAGGCAACAUCCCCAGGGGAGCUCUCAGCAGCUGGCUUUGUCUUUACAGGGAAACGGGACACUGUGCAGUGUUUUUCCUGUGGCGGAUGUUUAGGAAAUUGGGAGGAUGGAGACGAUCCUUGGAAGGAACAUGCCAAGUGGUUCCCUGAGUGUGAAUUUCUUCAAAGUAAGAAAUCCUCAGAGGAAAUUGCCCAGUACAUUCAAAGCUACGAGGGAUUUGUCGGCGUCACGGGAGAACAUUUUGUGAAUUCCUGGGUCAAGAGAGAUUUACCUAUGGCAUCAGCUUAUUGCAAUGAUAGCAUCUUUGCUAAUGAAGAACUACGACUGGACUCUUUUAAGAACUGGCCUCCUGAAUCCCCUGUAGGAGUUGCAGCUCUGGCCAAAGCAGGUCUUUUCUACACAGGUAUAGAGGACACCGUCCAGUGUUUUUCCUGUGGAGGAUGUUUGAAAGACUGGGUGGAAGGUGACGACCCAUUAGAAGAUCACACCAAAUAUUUUCCUAAUUGUCAGUUUCUGCAAAAUAUGAAAGCCUCUGCACAGGUGACCCCAGACCUUCAUAGACGUGCUGGACUGGCUGGAUUAACGGAAAUCACAAGUGAAAGCAAUCUUGAAGAUUCAGCAGCAGUUAGUUCUAUAGCGCCAGAGGUGGCCCCGCGUGAAGCCCAGUGGCUUCAGGAGGCGAAGAGUCUGAACCAGCGGCUGAGAGAGGCCUACAUCAAUGCUAGUUUCCGCCGGAUGUGUUUGCUUGAGCUCUCUUCCUGUCUAGCCACAGACCAUUUGCUGAGUUGCGACCUGUCCCUUGUUUCAAAACACAUCAGCAGUCCUGUGCAACAACCUGUGCUGUUGUCUGAAGUCUUUACCAAUUUGAACUCUGUCAUGUGUGUGGAGGGCGAGGCUGGUAGCGGAAAGACAGUCCUCCUGAAGAAAAUAGCUCUUCUAUGGGCAUCAGGAUGCUGUCCCUUGUUAAACAGGUUCCAGCUGGUCUUCUAUCUCUCCCUUAGCUCCACCAGACUGGACCAAGGGCUGGCCAGCAUCAUUUGUGACCAACUCCCAGAGACAGAAGGAUCUGUUACUGAAAUGUGCCUGGGGAACAUCAUCCAGCAGUUAAAGAGCCAGGUGUUAUUCCUUUUGGAUGACUACAAAGAAAUGUGCUCAGUCCCUCUAGUCAUAAAAAAACUGAUUCAAAGAAACCACUCAUCGAGGACCUGUUUAUUGAUUGCCGUCCGCACAAACAGGGCCAGGGGCAUCCGCCAGUACCUAGAUAUGACUCUAGAGAUCAAAGCAUUUCCCUUCUACAAUGCCAUCUACAUAUUACGGAGUUUCUUUUCUCAUGAUAUAGCCCGUCUGCGAAAGUUUAUGUUUCACUUUGGAGUAAAUAAAAAUUUUCAGGGAAUUCAGAAAACUCCUCUUUUCGUAGCAGCAGUCUGUGAUAAUUGGUUCCAGUAUCCUUUUGACCACUCCUUGAAUGAUUUUGCUGUUUUCAAGUCCUAUAUGGAAUGCCUUUUCUUAAAGUACAAAACUUCAGCUGAACUUCUGAAAGUAACUGUGUCCUCCUGUGGUGACCUAGCCUUGAAAGGGUUUUUUUCAUCUUGCUUCGAGUUUAGUGAUGAUGACCUCAGAGAAGCAGGGGUUGAUGCAGAUGAAGAUCUCACCAUGUGCCUGAUGAGCAAAUUCACAGCCCAGAGACUCAGACCAGUCUAUCGGUUUUUAGAUCCCACCUUCCAAGAAUUUCUUGCUGGGAAGAGGCUGAUUGUACUCCUGGAUUCAGACAGGCAAAAAGACCAAGAUUUGGGACUUUAUUAUUUGAAACAAAUCAACUUAUCCAUGGUGAUUAGAAGUUAUUGUAUGGGUUUUUUGAGGUAUAUCUCCUGUUUCUACUACCCUUCAACAAAGGCAGGGCCAAAGAUUGUAUCUCAUUUACUUCAUCUGCUGGAUAAUAAGGAGUCACUGGAGAAUGUGUCUGAAAAAGAUGACAAUCUGAAGCACCAUUCGGAUGUUUGGGGGAUGAUGACGUUAAUUAAGAUGUUGCAGCAAUUAUCUCCACAACAUUCCUUCUUACUGGUUUCAGAACGUCUGCUGUCUCUUGCCAUAAAAAUUGCUUAUCAAAGCAACACCGUUGCUGCGUGUUCUCCAUUUAUUUUGCAGUUCCUUCAAGGGAAGACCCUGAAUUGGCAUGUGCUUAACUUACAGUAUUUUUUUGACCACCCUGAAAGCCUGUUAUUGCUGAAGAGCAUCCAAGUCUCCAUACGUGGAAAAAUAGAAAUCAGGACACCCAUCCCAGAUAGUUCAGUCCUGGAAAGGUGUUGGGACAAAUCACAGGCACCGACUAUACAUCAGGACUGUGCUUCCGCCUUUGAACCAAUGAAUGAAUGGUCGCGGAAUUUAGCUGAAAAACAGGAAAACAUUAUGAGAUUUCAGAAUAUGAAAGUUAGUGCAUCACCAGACAUCAGCACCGGCUAUUGGAAACUUUCUCCAAAGCAGUGCAAGAUUCCCCUUCUGGAAGUUCAUGUGACUGAUAUGGAUUGUGUGGACCAAGUGAUGCUUAGGGUUCUGAUGGAAGUUUUCUCAGCUUCACAGCGCAUUGAGCUUCAUUUACAGAACAGCAGGGGCUUUGUUGAAAGCCUUCGCCCAGCUCUUGAGCAAUAUAAGGCUUCUUUCACCAGGUGCUCCAUAAGUGAAUUUGAGUUGAAUGCAGUAGAACAGGAAUUGCUUCUCAACCUGCCUUCCCUGGAAUCUCUUGAAGUCUCAGGAACAACCCGGGUACAAGAUCAACUGUUUUCUCAUUUGGACAAGUUCCUGUACCUGAAAGAACUGUCUGUGAAUGUGGAGGAAAAAAACGUUUUUGCAGUCAUUCCUGAAAAAUUCCUAAAUCUCCACCAUAUGGAGAAAUUACUGAUCCAUAUUUCAGCUGAGGAUAGCCCUUCUAAACUAGUUAAAUUAAUUCAGAAUUCUCCAAACCUUCAAGUUUUCCAUCUGCAUUGUAACAACUUUUCAGAUUUUGAGUCUCUCAUGAUUGUACUUGCGUCCUGUAAGAGACUAAAAGAAAUUAAGUUUUCUGGAGCAUUUUUUAACAUCAUCCCAUUUGUCGCCAUUUUGCCAAAUUUUAUUUCUCUGAAGAUAUUAAAUCUCCAACACCAAUAUUUUUCUGAUAAGGAAACAUCUGAAAAAUUUGCCUACACUUUAGGGUCUCUUAAUAACCUGGAAGAAUUGAUCCUUCCUGCUGGAGAUGGGAUUCAUCAAGUGGCUAAACUGAUCAUCCAGCAGUGUCAGCAUCUUCGAUGUCUCCGAGUUCUCUCAUUUACCAAGAUUUUAAAUGAUGACAGUGUAAUGGAAAUUGCCAAAGUAGCACUCAACGGAGGUUUCCAGAAACUUGAGAACUUAGAUCUUUCAAUGAAUCACAGGAUUACAGAGGAAGGAUACAGAAAUUUCUUUCGAGCACUGGACAACUUGCCAAACCUGCAAGAGCUGAACAUUUCCAGGCAUUUCACUGACUGCAUCAGAGCUCAGGCUGCCUCAGUCAAGUCUCUGAGUCAGUGCAUGCUGCGGCUGCCACGCCUCACCCAAAUUGGCAUGCUGAGUUGGCUCCUGGAUGCGGAAGACAUCGCACUGCUUACUUCUAUGAAAGAAAAACAUCCUCAAUCUGAGCACCUGACUAUUUCCUGGAAAUGGGUAUUGCCAUUCUCUCCUAUCAUUCAGAAAUAGAAGUUUGGUUAAAACUACUGAAUGAAGAAAAUAUUGGUCAAAAAUUCUAAAAACCUAAUAUCCAAAAACAUUUUAUUUAGUGUGACAUACAGAAGGCAUGUAAAAAUAACAACCCGGCUUGCACAUCACUGAGCUUAAGAACCAGAUUUUAAAAAAGAAAAGAAAAAAAUUAUCACCAGUACUUUUGAAGUCUCUGAAUGAUCCUCCCAACUAAAGCUCAUGCAUUUAAGCCUCCAUCAUCCAGAAUCAACAUCAGGUUUUCAGGCUAAUUACGGCAAAGAAUAAAAAAGCCACAGGGAGGGGUUUGAGGGAGUUACACUGAUCUAUCUUAAAGCCACAAUAUGGAAGAAUUCAGGUUACAUAUAAAAUGACUAAUUUAAGGAUUGAAUCAGUUUCACACAUUGGUGAAACAAGAGGUCACUUUAACACUGGGUGCCCAUGUAUCUUUUGUGGGCCAAAGAUAUCCAUUAAUCCUUGUAGGAUCCGUUCUGUGUAUUUAACUUUGAUAUAGUUGAGUUUAUUAGUACCUCCCCUUUAUCCAUUGCCAAUGGGAAGAAGAAAUAGGAUUUUGGGGAAAAUACUUUAAUUCCAGAGGCUUUUGAUUCAACAUUACUACAUAAGCAAAAAAGCAGAAUUUAGCAUUAUUGCAGAUUAGUUAUAUUUGUUUUCCAGAAAAUUGAAUAUCGGUGCCUUUUUAGAUGACAAUGUUUGAGAACUCAACAUAUGCUAUAAUGGCCUUCGAAUUUUCUUGUAAUCCACUCGGCUUGGGGAGAAUAUAUUGUCUCUUUUGUGACCUCAUAUGGCUCAAGGUGUUAAAUUUGAUGUGUCUAUAAUCAGGGUGUCCAACCUUUUGGCAUCUCUGAGCCACACGGGAAGAAGAGUUGUCUUGGGCCACACAUUAAAUACACAAACAGUAAUGAAAACUGAUGGGCAGAGAAAAGGUUUUAAGUAAAUGUACAAUUUGUGUUCAGCCACAUUCACAGGUGUCCUGGGCUGCAUGUGGCCUGUGGGCCGCGGGUUGGACACCCCUGCUCCAUCUUUGUCUGUCUCCAGAAUUUCACUUGGUUAAGCAGAAUUUUCUGAAUGGCCAGGAGACCAUUCCAAAUUCAUAAUGCUAGUAUAAGUUGGAAAACAAUCAGUCUUUAACCCUAAUUUUUAUUUUUACCAAGGAAAAAGCCUAUCCUUCCCUCCCAACCCAAGUAUGAAACAGAGGGACAGUGUGUAUGGUAUGAUCUCAUUUAUUUUUAAAAAAUACUCUCAUGUUUCUAGACGCAUGAAGAAUUGCUGUGAUUUUACUUAUAUGUGGAAUUUGAAGAACAAUAUAAAUGAACAAACAAAGCAGAAACAGACUCAAACACAGAGAGCAGACUGAUGGUUGCCAGAGGGGGAGGGGCCAGAGGACUAGAUGAGGAAGGUGAAGGGACUGAGAAGUUCAGAUUGGUAGUCACAAAACAGCCACAGGGAUGUAAGGUACAGCACAGGGAUACAGUCAAUAAUGUUGUGAUUACUAGUGUGGUGCCAGGGGGCACUGGAAAUAUCAGGGAGGUCACUGUAAAAUACAUGAUUGUCUCACCACUAUGCUGUACGCCUGAAACUAAUGCACAGUGAUACUGAAGGUAAACUGCAGCUGAAAAAACAAACUUCCUGGAAGAGCAUACAAUAAAAUGUUAAUAGUGGUAACUCUGAAGUAGGAUGGGAUGGCAUUCUUUCUGCUUUCUCCCUUUUCUCUAUGGUAUUUUGUUUUUCAAGUGCCAAUGCUAUUUUUAUAUUUAAAAUAAAAUACAAGGCUAGUUUACAACAUUAAGAGGAGUUACCUCUGGAGGGUGAGAUGGGUUAUUGUCCUGCUUUUCUGAUUUUACGUGUAAUAAUACUUUUGUAAUCAGAAAAGUUUUAAGUAUUGUAACACAGUCCAAUCACGAGACAGAAACCACACACUAAUUUAAAUGGGUAAAUUUACUAUGAAGUUACUAACUGUAACAGGAACUAAGACACCUCUAAACAGAUGUAGGAAACUGCUGAAGGCUCUUCACCUUAGCCUGAGACGGAACACCCCAGAAAGGAUCCCUGGACACAGGUCUGCUCAGAUACAGACCUCCGAACAGAGAGCACUGCCACGGACAGCAGAGAGGUUUGCUGAGGCUGCGGAAGUGCAGCCCUGGAGGUGUCAGAAGAAGCCACUCAUGUCUGGGAGCUGUGUGACACUGUCCGGGAGAGACUAACCAGGAAAAGAAGUCCCUUAAUCCUCUUGCGCUCACCAGCACCCUCUACUGACAAGCUUUACCACUGUGCUUGCUGACGGGAGAGGUGCUUACUGGGUCCAGCUCUUUUAUUGCAGAAUGAAUAGGCAAUGACAGCUCGAUUUAGACAUGAGAAGAAAUAACUUGAUACUUGAUACAAGUACUACUUACUAAAUAGUUCAUACAUAAACAGAAAGAACUAGUUAAUUAUCAAGAUUGUAGGAUAUUGCCAUGUGUAUGUUUGUAUAUUCCCUGAAAACAUCUUAAAUAAUAUCCAAGAAACUGGUUGGUAAUGGUGACCGACCUCAGGGAGGGGACUAGGGUAGCUAGAGGACAGCAGUGAGAGGAAGGUUUACUUUUUUCAUCCUGCAUAUUCUUUUUUAUAAUCUGAAUUCUGUACCAUGUACAUGUACUAUUAAAAAUACUUACAAUAUCA